AUGAAGCUGUAUCAGUUCGUGUUCGUCACCCUGGCCUCGGUGACUGUUGCGGUGCCCGCAUCGCUAGAAAGUCGCCAGAAUGGACAACUAAGCGACUACUUGAUGGUUUAUUUCACUGGAGAGGGAACUGCCAACGGUGAACAAAUUUACAUGGCCGUCUCGAAUAACAACAACCCAGGUUCCUGGACCACUGUAAACAAUGGCCAGCCUGUGCUGAGCUCCACUGUCGGGAUGAAGGGUGUGCGUGAUCCCAGUAUCAUUCGCAGCCAAGACGGCGGGAAAUAUUGGAUUGUCGCCACGGACCUCAGAGUGUACCCUCGGGGCUGGGAUGUAGGCGAUGACUACACCUCCAAUGGAUCCAAAGGCCUUGUCGUGUGGGAGUCGAGCAACUUGAGAAAUUGGUCAGCCUCUCAGCUGAGGAUCGUGAGUCCAAGCAAUGCUGGCAUGACCUGGGCCCCAGAUGCCAUAUGGGAUCCUGCAACCAGCCGCUACCUCGUCCACUGGACGUGCAAUCUCAAGGGCGAAGGCUGGUUCAUCAUGCGCUCUUUCACCACUGACUUUGUCAGCUUCACCCCUGCCGAAAAGUGGCUCACGGGCGCCGGCAUGGACGCUACCGUCUUCCGCGACCCAUCGUCGUCCACAUUCUACCGCGUCAGCAAGAACGGGCCGAACAACCUCAUAGAGCAAGCUCGCGCAAGCACCCUGAACGGACCCUGGACCGUCAUUCGUAACCAGAUUGGUCAGGGCCUACCCGCCGGCGAAGGACCUUUGGUGUUCCGUGACAACAUCACGCCGAGCAAGUCGCAUAUGCUGAUCGACGAUUACACUCGCGGCCGCGGAUACCAGCCUUUCGAAACCAGCAACAUUGCCACUGCCGACUGGUCGCCUGCCAGUUUGGCCUUGCCGCGCAGUGCUCGCCACGGUUAUGUUAUUGGAAUAACUGCGGCCGAAAGAAAUUCAGCCGAGUUCCACCGGGCAAUCAUGGGCUAA